AAUGUUUUAUUAAACAACACAACUUAAGGACUGGGAAAAUUAAAAUCACAAUUUUAAAAUCUCUUACACAUAAGCGAUAUUAGCUCAAGUAUUAAGAACAGAAAUCCAACCAUGUGCAUCUUUUAAAUUUGUCUAUUUCGUAUUUUUAAACUCCCAACUGAUGUGAAAACUUUAUCGUCAAAAGAAAAUACAAACAAGAGGAAAAGCUCUUCACAAGACAUCUAUAAAAGCCAGGCUCAGCCAACCAAGCGGAUUCAGUCGAUUUGGGUGAACGUCAGGUGCGAGAUCAAAAACUGUGGACUGGUUCACCAGGAAACCGUGGAUAACUAACCUGGUCCGAACUCCAGCCUAAAAGCCAGCCAAGAUUGCGUAACUGGGAAAAGUGAAAGCAACGGAAAAACAUGUUUUAUGCGGUCAUCUGGAUUUUCUGCGCCACUCUAUUGGCAAUCUUGUUUGGUGGAGUGCGAAAACCGAAAAGAUUUCCGCCAGGACCUCGCUGGUAUCCCAUUGUGGGAAGUGCCCUGCAGGUUUCACAGCUGCGGUGUCGUCUUGGAAUGUUUUGCAAAGUGAUCGAUGUGUUCGCCAAGCAAUAUGUGAAUCCCUAUGGCUUCUUUGGCCUAAAGAUUGGCAAAGAUAAGGUGGUGAUAGCCUACACGAACUUAGCAAUUAGUGAAAUGAUGACGAACGAGGAUAUUGAUGGCCGACCCGAUGGCAUAUUCUAUCGCCUAAGGACCUUCAAUUCCCGAUUGGGAGUUCUAUUAACCGAUGGCGAAAUGUGGGUGGAGCAGCGUAGAUUUAUCCUGAGGCACUUGAAGAAUUUCGGCUUUGCCAGAAGUGGCAUGAUGGAUAUUGUCCACAAUGAGGCAACUUGUUUGCUGCAGGAUCUGAAGGACCAAGUGGCCAAGUCUGGAGGAAAGCAGGCGCGUAUCGGGAUGCACGAUCUGACGAGUGUUUAUGUUUUGAACACCCUCUGGUGCAUGCUGAGUGGCAGGAGAUAUGAACCCGGUUCCCCGGAGAUUACGGAACUACUGGAGACCUUCUUCGAGCUCUUUAAAAACAUCGAUAUGGUGGGUGCCCUAUUCAGUCAUUUUCCUCUCCUUCGAUUCAUUGCCCCAGACUUUUCUGGCUACAAUGGUUUUGUGGAAAGCCAUCGAUCGCUGUACUCCUUUAUGAGCAAAGAGAUCGAGCUGCAUCGUUUGACUUACAAGAACUACGAUGAACCCAGGGACCUCAUGGAUUCCUACCUUCGUGCCCAGGAGGAGGGCAACGAUGAGAAAGGCAUGUUCAGUGACGAGAGCCUGUUGGCCAUUUGCUUGGACAUGUUUUUGGCCGGAUCUGAGACCACCAACAAAAGUCUGGGCUUCUGCUUCAUGCAUUUGGUACUGCAGCCCGAAAUCCAGGAGCGGGCCUUCCAGGAAAUCAAGGAGGUGGUGGGUCUGGAGCGCAUUCCCGAGUGGUCCAGGGAUCGCUCCAAGUUGCCCUAUUGCGAGGCCAUCACUUUGGAGGCGGUCAGGAUGUUUAUGCUCCACACUUUCGGCAUUCCGCAUCGGGCUGUCUGCGAUACCCGCUUGUCGGGCUAUGAAAUUCCCAAGGACACCAUGGUUAUAGCCUGCUUCAGGGGUAUGCUCAUCAACCCAGUGGACUUCCCCGAACCGGAGGCAUUCGAUCCUGAGAGAUUCCUCUUUGAUGGCCACUUGAAACUACCGGAAGCCUUCAAUCCAUUCGGUUUUGGACGCCAUCGCUGCAUGGGAGAUUUGUUGGGGAGGCAGAAUCUUUUUAUGUUUAUGACCACAGUGCUGCAGAACUUUAAAAUGGUCGCCAUUCCUGGUCAGCUGCCGGAGGAAGAACCUCUGGAGGGAGCCACUGCUGCGGUUAAACCAUACGACAUCAUGUUAGUGGCUAGAGAGGAAUAACAAAGAUUAUUGUUUAUUACCUUUUGAACUUAAUUUAAACUUACCUCGUCAUGGAUUAUGGUGUACACAGUCAUAGAAAUAUGCUUCAAUUUUCGUUUGAAUUCCAAUAAAUUUCCACUUAUCUUGUCCAAAAUCAAUUGGCUGAUAUCAACAUUUUGGAGUCAAUGAAACCCCCCACUACAAACUAAAAUAUAUAUCAAUAUAUAUUACACAAUUCAUGUUUACAUUCUCUAAUUAAACAUUUAAUUAUCAAUAUCAUUAUAAUUAUUAUUGUUCAUGUUGUUGUUGAUUUGUAGUCUACAAAGUUUUCACUUAGUUCAAUUCAAUUCGGCUGUUAAGCGAUUCCAACAGAAGCAUUUCUCAAUGCAGUAUACAAAAGCAUGAAUGAAUAUACAAAAACUAGCGUACAAAGAAAUAUUGCCACAAAAA